AUGGGUAAAGACAAGCACCAUGAACAAGACAAAGGAUUCUUCUCACAUCAUAAUCAUCACGGACAUGGGUAUCCGCCUGGAGCUUAUCCUCCUCCACCACCGGGAGCUUAUCCUCCACCGGGAGCUUACCCUCCACAAGGUUACCCUCCACCGGGAGCUUACCCUCCACAAGGCUAUCCACCCGGCGCUUAUCCACCUCCUCCUGGCGCUUAUCCUCCUGCCGGUUAUCCCGGACCGUCCGGUCCACGGCCAGGUCUUGCAGGAGGAGUCGGGGGACUAAUAGCAGGAGCGGCAACAGCUGCCGCGGCCGCAAUGGGAGGUCACCACGCAGGUCAUCACGGAGGUUACGGCCACGGAAAAUACAAAAGAGGGUUCUUCGGAGGUGGCAAGUACAAGCGAGGGAAGCACAGUAUGUUCGGAGGUGGUAAGUACAAGCGUGGUAAGCACGGCAUGUUCGGAGGCAAACGAGGCAAGCAUGGCAUGUUCGGACGAAGGAAGUGGAAAUGAUUCAUAUAUAUCUCAUUCAUCUCUACAUAUAUUAUCGUAUAUAACAUCUUUAUAUAUUAAGCUUAAUAUAUAUUUAUAUAUUUAAGGGUCAUGUCACAUGUGUGUGUGUGUUAUUUUGUUUGUUUAUAUGUUAUCUAUGAAACUCGUUAAUUUAGUUAAGUUAUGGUUAUGAAUGCUAAAAGUUGAGAUGCUGUACAAUUUGUGUAUA